AUGGAAGAAUCCCUUUCAAAAGAAUGGCAAGAUAAUAAAUCUGAUCCUUCAUUAUCCGAACGAGAAAAUCCUCUAAAAUUAUUAAAGUCAAUUAAUAAAACACAAUUUAUAACAUUUUUCGUAACAUAUCUUAGUUGGACGUUUGUUUCAUUUGACUAUUUCAUAGUAACAUUUACUUUACCUUAUAUCGCUAAAGAUUUUAAGUUGAAACCAUCUGACGUUGCUGUAAGCAUUACUCUUAUGUUAACGUUUCGUCCAUUAGGUGCAUUAAUAUUUGGUUUAUUAUCAGACAAAUAUGGUAGAAAGUAUCCGUUAAUGGCGAAUAUUUUCAUAUUUAGUGGAUUACAAUUAGCUUCUGGAUUUGCACCAAAUUUUUUAACGUAUUCCAUUACAAGAGCAAUAUUCGGAAUGGCUAUGGGAGGUGAAUGGGGAUUAGGAGCUGCUCUUGCGAUGGAAGCUUUACCACUUGAAAGUCGUGGGUUAUUAUCGGGUAUUUUACAAGAGGGUUAUGCUCUUGGAUUUCUCCUUGCAGCGGUAGUAUAUUAUGCUGUUAUUACAAAUUGGGGAUGGCGCACUACAUAUUACAUAGGAUCGUUCCCAAUUCUCCUAGUUUUAAUAAUAUAUUUUUUAGUACCAGAAUCAGAAGAAUGGAAAAGACUGCAUGCAGAACGUAAAACAACUAAAAUUAAUCCACGUGAAAAAACUCGGUCAAUCAUAAUAAAUCAUUGGAAAAUAUUUCUUUUCUCUAUAUUACUAAUGACGGCGUUAAAUUUUAUAGUUCAUGGUUCGAAAGAUUUGUACCCAACAUUCUUAAAUGUUCAACUUGAUUUUACACCAGGUCAAAUAACAUUUAUAACAAUAAUUGCAAAUAUAGGAUCAAUAAUAGGAGGAUUUAUAAAUGGUUACAUUUGCCAUUUUCUUGGAAGAAAAAAUGCGAUGAUAACCUUUACAUUUUUGGCAGGAUGUUUUUUACCUUUGUACGUUUUGCCAAGAAAUUAUAUUGUGUUAACGAUUGGUGCUUUUGCCGUAUAUCUUUGUAUCGGUGGUAGUUGGGGUUCUAUUCCAGCUUAUUUGAACGAAAUAGCACCAGUUGAAUUACGCGGAACUUUUCCUGGAUUAGUUUAUCAAACUGGUACAUUAUUAGCUUCUUCUUCUGCGCAGAUUGAAGCAUUUUUUGGUGAAAUGAUAAAAGAGGAAGGUAGUCCUGAUUAUGGGUUAACGAUCGCUUUAUUAACUUCUUUAUUUGUUAUAGUUAUUAUUAUUAUUCUAAAAUUCACUAAUAACGUUUAG